UUAAGAUAGUUGUCAAAGCGGGCAUCCAAUCAAAAAAGAUUGAAAAACAACAUUGAUCCAAAAUAUUAAAACAACUGAAAUUAAUGUAAGAUAUUUUUUAUGUACGAGUAACAUACAAAUAAAGUGGAUUUUGAAUUUGGGCGUUAAAAAUAGGAAUGCAGUCAUCCUAUUAUGACAAGGAUAAUCGUAAAUAUGGCGAUGUGGGCUACGAACAAAAAUAUCUUUUGGAUCCAAAGUAUAUGACAAAGCGAGACAUGCAACACUAUUAUCGCUACUACCACAGCGCAGCAAAAGGUCAGCGAAAAUGCAGAAAAGUUAUUUUCCUCGUGUUUUGUGUUUGUUCUGUCGCUUACUUGUUCGUUGACUAUAAUCUGCGUUCAAAAAUCAUUCAGUUUCGUGAUCGCUUCGAGUUUUUAGCUCGUGUUGACGCCGACUAUAAUGUUACACAAGCAUAUUUUGUGAAUACGCCAGGUUGUCAUAUGCCAUAUUUCGACGUCACCAAUUAUCGAAUUCUACAAUACAUGGGUGCGCCCCCCAAUCUGACCUGUGAGAAAGCACUUACUAGCACAAGCGAAAUCGGUUCUCGUUUGUGGUGGACAAUGACGGAUGAGGAGUUGAUGCACCGUUACAAGAUAAACGAUACCAAAAGGAUCAAGUGUCAUUAUGCUUCACUCAAACGCAAUCAUUCAUUAACAAACAGUACUUUCGAAGGAGCAGUUCCAUUUAAAUUGGCUUACAAUCAAUCAAUCGAAAUUUCUCCUGAGACUGAAUGGAUAAGAGUUCGUUGUUCGCAUAGCAAAAAAAAAUACUUUUACGAAGAUUACCAUUUUUUUGCUUUAGAUAAAAGAAAGCCCACGGAGAGCAUACAAGCAAGGUCAGAAAAAAUUUCCGAAAAUAAACGGCUUCGAAACGUAAGAAAUGAAGAAAAAUUAAAUGUUAUCUCAAAUGCUAAUAAUGACGGCAGUUAUGAACCUAGUGAACAUACACAAAAACUGUCGGUAAUGCUUCUUGGUAUCGGUAGUGUAUCACAUUUAAAUUUUUUGCGGCACAUGAAACGCACCGCUGCUUAUAUUCGCAAACGUCUUGAUUUUGUCGAGUUCUGGGGUUUUAAUAAAGUAGGUGACAAUGCCUACACUAAUCUAAUUCCACUUCUUACUGGCCUGGCGGCAGAUGAACUGAAAUUAUCUUGCAUGCGGCCGAGGGAAUUACAAUAUGUAGAUGAUUGUCCAUUUAUUUGGAAACGAUUUAAGGGAACUGGAUAUAUGACGGCUUUCCUUGAGGAUGUGGGCAAAACUAGUUUAUUUAGCGCGGACACAAUCUUCAAACAUAAUCCAACCGAUUAUUAUAUGCGACCUAUUGUUAUGGAAAUGGAGAACAACAUUGGCUACUAUUACUCAGUAAAUGUUGAUUUAUGUAUGGGAGGACGUCGCACCGUUGAUUUAGUACUUGAAAUGAUCCAUAAACUAAUACCCUAUCUUCAAACUGACGACUUCUUUUCUCUGUUUUGGUUAGUAUCUAUGACUCAUGAUUUCAUAUAUAUGCCAAAACUUCUUGACAAGGAUUUUGUUAGCUUGUUCGAGCGUUUUCAAGCCUCUGGUAUUCUGAAUAAAACAAUCAUUCUCUUAUUGAGUGACCAGGGUAUGCGCUGGGGCUCGUUUCGUCGAACUUACCAAGGCAUGAUGGAAGAACGCCAACCCUUGCUCGUUGCCAUUUAUCCAUCUUGGUUUAAACAAAAAUACCCCGAAGCCGUUGCCAAUUUGGAAAUCAACUCGAAGCGAUUAACGACGUCCUAUGACGUAUAUGCCACUAUAUUGGAUCUUCUGAAUUUAAACAAUUUACGAUCACCGGAAUUAAAGUCCCGCGCUAAAGAGCUGCGUGAUGCUGAUAUAAUGCCUCGAGGUAUAAGUCUAUUUCUUCCUGUGCCGGAGACGCGCACUUGUGAAAACGCUGGCAUUGCAUCCCACUGGUGCGCUUGCCAUCAACGCACUGAAAUGCCAACCAACGAUGGUCGCGUACAGGCUGCAGCACGUUACGUGGUCAAAUUGAUCAACGAGCAGUUAAAAUCCUAUCCUCAAUGUCGGGUAUUAUAUUUGAAUUCUAUACAGGAGGCAGUUUUAGCAGCACCACAUCACUCAAUUGCUAGGGAUAUCAGUAAUGAUUAUGCUGUUGACAUUACACUGAGGCUGCAAACAAAACCUGGAUUGGCCGUUUUCGAGUCAACAGUACGCUUGUUAGGCUACACAAAAAAACUCACCGGCAUCAUAAGUCGCCUUAAUCUAUACGGAAGUCAAAGCUAUUGUAUUAACAAUAGCUCACUGAAAAUGUAUUGCUACUGCCACAGAUAAAAUCUUUAAAUAUCCCAAGUAUUUUAAAUUUACUAAAGUAUGUCUGUCUCCCAUGUAUGUUCGCUAUCACAACUAAAUAGUCUAAAUAAAUUUAGGAGUUUUGUAGAGACGUUUCAA